AUGGCCAAACUCGACAAGAGGCAGCGUGCUAUGGUUCAGCAGCUCACCCAUCGGGAGCUUGUGUCGAUGGUGCUCCCUCUCUGUUUCCGCAAGGCAGAGGAAGGGGGAUUUGCUGAAAAGGCUGGAGAGUUGCUCGGUCUUCUCGAGGUGGAUCGUGCCACAUCCUCAACCCAGCCCAUCCCAGGCCGCGACCUGCGAAAUUUGAGCAAAGCAAUUUCCCGCCUGAGCUUUUCGAGCCUGAUCGGUCUGGUUGCGCGCAAGUCACCUGACCAAGAUGAGGACUCUUCGCUUUACGCGGCUUCCCUUAUGGCAGCCUUGGAAACUCUUCGUUCGCAGGUCCGUGUCCGGCCUUAA